AUGGCUCCUAAGGUCGCGAAGAAUCGAAAAUUCAGACGGCCAGACAAAUUUAAGUAUAUUCGGGAGCUUUUGUUAGCUGAAUUUGAGCCCACAGAUUGCAGGCGAGAUAUACCAUCUACCGGCGAUGAGCGUAGAGAUCAAGAAGCGGUCGAGGUAGCCGAGAGGAAAGAGGAAGAAGAGGCCGAAAAUGAGAUGGAACAGAUUCUGAACAUGCUUCGGCUUUUCUUACACAUGGAGAAGUUGAUGGCGUUCUCACUAUUAGCAUGUUUGAACUGUUUUCUGUACUACUUCACGGUAUUUCCAGCACGCCUUAUCUAUAGCUGUUUCGAUAGAAAAAGAGUUCAGAAUACUCGCAAAGAGUUCAUUAUGCUGUUCGUGAUAGCCUGUGCAUCUGCCAUCCUUUUGAAAGUGGAUACUUCGCAAGUGUAUCAUAGAAUUAAGGGCCAAAGCGCUAUGAAGCUGUAUAUGAUGUUCGGUGUUUUGGAUAUGUGCGACAAAAUGCUAUCAUCUUUUGGGCAGAGCGUGCUAUUGGUCGUAGGCUCCAAAAGUCGCUACAAGACUGGGCCGGCAGCGCUGCAGACUCUAGCUCUCAAUAUAUGCGCUGUGGCGUAUCUAACUUUUCAUGGGUUCAUACUAAUGUAUGAGACAAUUGCGCUAAAUGUAGCAGUAAACUCGUAUUCCAAUUCCCUGGUUACGCUGCUGCUAUCUAUGCAGUUUGCCGAGAUCAAGGCCAGCGUUUUCAAACGUUUUGACAAAGAAGGUCUUUUUCAAAUUACUAUCGCAGACAUUAUAGAGAGAUUUCAAAUGGUGGUUCUACUCAUUAUCAUCGGGAUCCGCAACUUGAUCGCGUCGACGUCAUCUUUCUCCGCAGAUACUCCAUACUCCUGGUCUUGGAGUUUAGCAUCCUACACUAUUAUGGGGGCUCUAGGUGGUCCGGUCAUCACCGUAGUUGGGAGCGAAAUUUUUGUCGAUUGGGUCAAGCAUGCCUACAUUACGAAGUUCAAUCGUGUGAGGCCCCAAAUGUAUGGGACAUUUUUAAGAAUACUAUGCGCUGAUCACACUCAUAACCUCCAAAAAUUUCAAUCUCGUCUCGGACUGCCAGUGCCUGCUCUAGUGGUGCUGUUUCUUGUUAUGAUCAGGCCUGCGCUAGAGAUAGGGCUUUCCGAAAUAUCGAGUUCCGUAAUUCGGACGUUUUCGAUCGUUGCUAUGAGCUUUGUGUGCUUACUACUAUCCAAGUUCGUUUUACAUCUUGCCUUGAGUAAGUGGUCUCAAACAUUGCAGGGUCAUAAUGGGGCCAGCAACUUCGCCGUUGGCGAAGCUAUGUACGUUCCGGGGCUGCCAUCAAGCGGGCAUGGAAAGGUCGAUGAGAGAACAAGGAUCGCAUUACACAUGUCUGGAAAUGAUGACACCAGCCAAAGUCAUUCAAGGCUUCCGUCAAACGCAGUUGACAAGCGUGUACUACACGAUUCUAAACGCAGUUUGAAGAAUGUGUCACGCUACAAGAUGGUCUCUAAGCGUAUUUGGUAA